AAAUACAAGGGAUUAUAAGAGAAUGCCAUGAACAAUUAUUUGCCAACAAAUUGGAUAAUAUAGAGGAAAUGGAUGAAUUCCUAGAAACAUGUAACCUACUAAGGAUAAAUCAGGAAAAAAUAAAAAAAAAUAUUAAUGAUCCAGUAAUGAGUAAGGAGAUUGCAUCAGCAAUCAGAUUCUUCCAACAAAGAAAGUUCAGGACCUGAUGACUUUACUGGUGAAUUCUACCAAACUUUAAAAAAUUAAUACCAAUUCUUCUCUAACUCUUGCAGAAAAUUGAAGAGGAGGAAACACUUCCAGGCUCAGUUCAUGAGGCCAGUAAUACCCUGAUACCCAAGCCAGAUAAGAAUGCUAAAUGAAAAAGAAAACCAAAGACAGUAUCCCUGAUGAAUACAGAUGCAAAAAUUCUCAAAAAAUUUUAACAAUCCAAAUUUAAUAGUACAUUUAAAGGCUUUUAUGCCAUGAUAAAAUGGGAUUUAUCCAAGGAAUGAAAGGAUGGUUCAACAUUAUCAAACUAAUUAAUGUGAUACACCUCAUUGAUAGAAUGAAAGAUAAAAAUCAUGUAAUCAUUUCAGUAGGUGCAGAAAAACCAUUUUGACAAAAUACAAAAUCCUUUCAUGAAUAGAAUUCUCAGAAAAGUGGGUUUAGAAGGAACAUAUCUCAACAUAAAAAAGGCCAUCAUAUGACAAACCCACAGCUGAUGUCAUACACAAUGGUAAAUGGGUUUGAAAUGAAAGUUUUUCCUCUAAGAUGAGAAACAAGACAAGAAUCCUCAUUUUCACCACUCCUGUCCAACAUAGUACUGGAAGUCCUAGCCAGAGCAGUCAGGGUAUCUUUCCUGUAAAUUAUAUUCACUUGAAAAAGGCAAUUGUCAGUAAUAGGGGGCAGUAUGAAACUGUGGUCCCACUUGAAGAUUCUAUUGUGACUGAGGUUACAGCAACUCUACAAGAAUGGUCCAGUCUGUGGAAACAACUCUAUGUGAAACACAAAGUAGAUCUUUUCUACAAGCUACGCCAUGUGAUGAAUGAACUUAUUGACCUUCGAAGGCAGCUACUGUCUGGUCACCUCACUCAGGAUCAGGUGCGGGAGGUUAAGCGGCAUAUCACCGUGCGCCUGGACUGGGGUAAUGAGCAUUUGGGCCUGGACUUGGUGCCUCGAAAGGACUUUGAAGUAGUGGAUUCAGACCAGAUUAGUGUCUCAGAUCUCUAUAAAAUGCACUUAUCUAGCCGGCAGAGCGUACAGCAAAGCACAUCCCAGGUAGAUACGAUGCGCCCACGUCAUGGAGAAACCUGUCGGAUGCCAGUGCCACAUCACUUCUUCCUCAGUCUGAAGAGUUUCACCUACAAUACCAUUGGAGAAGAUACUGAUGUCUUCUUUUCCUUAUAUGAUAUGAGAGAAGGCAAGCAGAUCAGUGAGCGGUUUCUGGUGAGACUGAACAAGAAUGGUGGGCCAAGGAACCCAGAGAAGAUAGAACGAAUGUGUGCCCUUUUUACAGAUCUGAGCAGCAAAGAUAUGAAGAGAGAUUUAUAUAUAGUUGCGCAUGUGAUACGAAUAGGCCGGAUGCUCCUGAAUGACUCAAAGAAAGGCCCUGCUCACCUGCACUACCGGCGACCAUAUGGCUGUGCAGUCCUAAGCAUCCUGGAUGUUCUACAGUCGCUCACAGAAUUAAAGGAAGAAAAGGACUUUGUUCUUAAGGUUUACACGUGCAACAACGAGAGUGAGUGGUCCCAGAUCCACGAGAAUAUCAUCCGCAAGUCCAGCGCCAAGUAUUCUGCUCCCAGCGCCAGCCAUGGUCUUAUCAUCUCUCUGCAGCUUCUCCGUGGAGAUAUGGAACAGAUUAGGAGGGAAAACCCCAUGAUAUUUAAUAGGGGAUUGGCAAUUACAAGAAAAUUGGGAUUUCCUGAUGUCAUCAUGCCAGGUGAUAUUCGCAAUGACCUGUACCUAACCUUGGAGAAGGGGGAUUUCGAGAGAGGGGGAAAGAGUGUACAAAAGAAUAUUGAAGUGACCAUGUAUGUGCUUUACGCAGAUGGAGAAAUACUGAAGGAUUGUAUAAGCUUGGGUUCAGGAGAGCCGAACAGGAGUUCCUACCACUCCUUUGUCCUCUACCACAGUAAUAGUCCUCGCUGGGGAGAAAUUAUCAAAUUGCCCAUCCCCAUUGACCGGUUCCGGGGCUCCCACCUGCGCUUCGAGUUCAGACAUUGUUCCACAAAGGACAAAGGGGAAAAGAAACUCUUUGGCUUUGCAUUCUCACCCCUGAUGCGGGAUGAUGGCACCACUCUCUCAGAUGACAUCCAUGAGCUCUAUGUGUACAAGUGCGAUGAGAAUAGCACAUUUAACAACCAUGCUCUGUACCUGGGCUUGCCCUGCUGCAAAGAGGACUACAAUGGCUGCCCUAACAUCCCCUCCAGCCUCAUCUUCCAGCGCAGCACCAAAGAGUCUUUCUUCAUUUCCACACAGCUCUCCUCCACCAAACUCACCCAGAAUGUGGACCUCCUUGCUCUGCUGAAAUGGAAGGCUUUUCCAGACCGGAUCAUGGACAUACUAGGGCGGCUGCGGCAUGUCAGUGGAGAAGAAAUUGUUAAGUUUCUGCAGGACAUCUUAGAUACACUCUUUGUGAUUUUGGAUGAUAAUACAGAGAAAUAUGGCCUGUUGGUGUUUCAGUCUUUGGUAUUCAUCAUCAACUUGCUCAGAGACAUCAAGUAUUUCCACUUCCGGCCUGUAAUGGACACAUACAUCCAGAAGCACUUUGCUGGAGCCCUGGCGUACAAGGAGCUCAUUCGCUGUUUGAAGUGGUACAUGGACUGCUCAGCAGAACUGAUUCGACAGGACCACAUUCAGGAAGCCAUGAGGGCCUUGGAGUACCUUUUCAAGUUCAUCGUGCAGUCCAGGAUCCUGUACUCCCGAGCCACCUGUGGGAUGGAAGAGGAGCAAUUCCGGUCCAGCAUCCAAGAACUUUUCCAGUCCAUCCGGUUUGUGCUCAGUCUGGACAGCAGAAACUCAGAAACACUCCUUUUCACUCAGGCUGCACUCCUCAAUUCUUUCCCAACCAUCUUUGAUGAGCUGCUGCAAAUGUUCACCGUGCAGGAGGUGGCAGAGUUUGUAAGAGGGACUCUGGGGAGCAUGCCCAGCACUGUGCACAUUGGGCAGUCAAUGGAUGUGGUGAAGCUGCAGUCCAUCGCCAGGACCGUGGAUAGCCGCCUGUUUUCUUUCUCAGAAUCCCGCCGCAUCCUGCUUCCUGUGGUUCUCCAUCACAUUCACCUUCACCUGAGGCAGCAGAAGGAGCUGCUGAUCUGCUCAGGGAUUCUUGGCAGCAUCUUCUCCAUCGUCAAGACCAGCUCUCUGGAGGCAGAUGUCAUGGAGGAGGUAGAAAUGAUGGUGGAGAGCCUCCUGGACGUGCUCUUGCAGACUCUGCUCACCAUCAUGAGCAAAUCGCACGCUCAGGAGGCGGUAAGAGGGCAGCGGUGCCCGCAGUGCACAGCCGAGAUCACUGGUGAGUAUGUGUCCUGCCUUCUCUCGCUGCUCCGCCAGAUGUGUGACACCCAUUACCAGCACCUCCUGGACAACUUCCAGAGCAAAGAUGAACUCAAGGAAUUCCUGCUGAAGAUUUUCUGUGUGUUCCGGAACCUGAUGAAGAUGAGUGUCUUCCCUCGGGACUGGAUGGUGAUGAGACUUCUCACAAGCAAUAUUAUAGUCACUACUGUCCAGUACCUGUCUUCUGCACUGCACAAGAAUUUUACAGAGACAGACUUCGACUUUAAGGUGUGGAAUUCUUAUUUUAGCCUGGCAGUUCUGUUCAUAAAUCAGCCAAGCCUUCAGCUAGAAAUCAUCACUUCAGCCAAGAGGAAGAAGAUUAUAGAUAAGUAUGGGGACAUGCGUGUGAUGAUGGCUUAUGAACUGUUCAGCAUGUGGCAGAAUUUGGGUGAACAUAAGAUCCACUUUAUUCCGGGAAUGAUUGGUCCUUUUCUGGGUGUGACACUGGUCCCACAGCCAGAAGUACGGAACAUCAUGAUUCCCAUCUUUCAUGACAUGAUGGACUGGGAGCAGAGGAAAAAUGGCAACUUUAAACAGGUGGAGGCUGAGCUGAUUGACAAGCUGGACAGCAUGGUGUCAGAAGGGAAAGGCGACGAGAGUUACAGAGAGCUCUUCGGCCUGCUAACCCAGCUGUUUGGGCCCUACCCCAGCCUACUGGAGAAGGUUGAACAGGAAACAUGGCGUGAAACCGGCAUUUCCUUUGUGACCUCAGUCACCCGCCUCAUGGAACGCCUUCUUGACUACAGGGACUGCAUGAAAGGAGAGGAAACAGAGAAUAAGAAGAUUGGCUGCACUGUUAACCUGAUGAACUUUUACAAAUCUGAGAUUAACAAAGAAGAGAUGUAUAUCCGCUAUAUCCAUAAGCUUUGUGACAUGCAUUUGCAGGCUGAAAACUACACAGAGGCCGCAUUCACUCUGCUCCUCUACUGUGAGCUGCUGCAGUGGGAAGAACGGCCACUUCGGGAAUUCCUCCACUACCCAUCCCAGACAGAGUGGCAGCGGAAAGAGGGACUGUGCCGCAAGAUCAUCCACUACUUCAACAAAGGCAAGAGCUGGGAGUUUGGAAUCCCACUGUGCAGGGAGCUGGCAUGUCAAUACGAGAGCCUCUACGAUUAUCAGAGCCUCAGCUGGAUUCGGAAAAUGGAGGCCAGCUACUAUGACAACAUCAUGGAGCAGCAACGCCUGGAGCCUGAGUUCUUUCGAGUCGGCUUCUAUGGCAGGAAGUUUCCUUUCUUCCUUCGGAACAAAGAAUACGUGUGCCGGGGCCAUGACUACGAGAGGCUGGAGGCCUUCCAGCAGAGGAUGCUCAGCGAGUUCCCACAGGCGGUCGCCAUGCAGCACCCCAACCACCCUGACGAUGCCAUCCUGCAGUGUGAUGCCCAGUACUUGCAGAUCUAUGCGGUGACGCCCAUUCCAGAUUAUGUGGAUGUCCUGCAAAUGGAUAGGGUCCCAGAUCGCGUCAAGAGCUUCUACCGUGUCAACAAUGUGAGGAAGUUCCGGUACGACAGGCCUUUUCACAAAGGCCCCAAGGACAAGGAGAAUGAAUUCAAGAGCCUGUGGAUCGAGCGUACCACACUGACCCUCACCCACAGCUUGCCUGGCAUCUCUCGGUGGUUCGAAGUGGAGAGGAGGGAACUGGUGGAGGUGAGCCCUCUGGAGAAUGCCAUCCAAGUGGUUGAGAACAAGAACCAGGAACUACGGGCCCUGAUUAGCCAGUAUCAACACAGACAGGCACAUGGCAACAUCAAUCUGCUCAGCAUGUGCCUGAAUGGCGUCAUCGAUGCCGCUGUCAAUGGAGGUGUCGCAAGAUACCAAGAGGCCUUCUUUGACAAAGAUUAUAUUGCCAAGCACCCAGGAGAUGCAGAGAAGAUCACCCAGCUCAAGGAGCUCAUGCAGGAGCAGGUCCAUGUCCUUGGAGUUGGGCUCGCAGUUCAUGAGAAGUUUGUGCACCCAGAGAUGCGCCCUCUGCAUAAGAAGCUAAUUGAUCAGUUCCAGAUGAUGCGGGCCAGCCUCUACCAUGAGUUUCCGGGUUUGGACAAGCUAAGUCCUGCAUGUUCAGGCACCAGCACCCCACGGGGAAAUGUCCUAGCAUCCCAUAGUCCCAUGAGCCCUGAGAGCAUCAAGAUGACCCACCGGCACAGCCCCAUGAACUUGAUGGGCACAGGUCGCCAUUCGUCAUCCUCUCUCUCCUCACAUGCAUCUAGCGAAGCAGGAAACGUGGUGGUUCUGGGUGACAGCUCCAUGGGCGAGGCUCCCGAGGAUCUAUACCACCAUAUGCAGCUCGCGUAUCCCAACCCCAGGUACCAGGGCUCAAUCACCAACGUCUCUGUUCUGUCCUCGUCCCAGGCAAGCCCUUCUUCCUCCAGCCUGAGUUCCACUCACUCAGCACCAUCCCAGAUGAUUACCUCUGCCCCUUCCAGUGCCCGAGGCUCUCCCUCUCUGCCAGAUAAGUACCGCCACGCCCGGGAAAUGAUGUUGCUGCUGCCCACACACCGGGACCGCCCAAGCAGUGCCAUGUAUCCAGCAGCCAUCCUGGAGAACGGACAGCUGCCAAAUUUCCAGCGGGCCCUGUUCCAGCAAGUGGUCGGAUCCUGUAAACCCUGCAGUGAUCCCAAUCUGUCUGUGGCUGAAAAAGCAGUGCCAGCAGCCCCCAGCAGCUGGAGCCUGGAUAGCGGAGCCCGAGAGGCCCAGCCCUUCCUGUCUGCCCACAUGGGGCGCAUCCUGGCCCCCCCAGUGCCUCCCCGAAGCCUGCUGCAUGGUCAUUACUCCCUACACUUUGACGCCUUCCACCACCCCCUGGGUGACACCCCCCCGGCCCUGCCUGCCCGGACUCUGCGCAAGUCUCCUCUCCACCCUAUCCCAGCCUCCCCCACAAGCCCCCAGUCAGGUCUGGACGGCAGCAACUCUACACUGUCUGGCAGUGCCAGCAGCGGCGUGUCCUCCCUGAGCGAGAGUAACUUUGGGCACUCCUCAGAGGUCCCACCUCGAACUGACACCAUGGACUCCAUGCCGAGCCAGGCCUGGAAUGCAGAUGAAGAUCUUGAGCCACCCUACCUCCCUGUCCACUACAGCCUCUCUGAGUCCGCCGUUCUGGACUCCAUCAAGGCCCAGCCAUGCCGAAGCCACUCAGCACCGGGGUGUGUCAUCCCUCAGGACCCCAUGGACCCACCUGCGCUGCCACCCAAGCCCUACCACACCCGCCUGCCAGCCCUGGAGCACGAUGAAGGCGUGCUGCUACGUGAAGAUGCUGACAGGCCUCGGGGCCUGCACCGCAAGGCCUCGCUGCCCCCAGGGAGCGCCAAGGAAGAGCAGGCCCGCAUGGCCUGGGAACACGGCCGAGGGGAACAGUGAGGGGCAAGGAGGCGGCUGGGACGCCGCCCUCUGUGAGCA